CCUGAAUGAGAAAAAAGAAGAGAGAGAGAAAUUAAAGUGGAUAUUUUGGGAAAAUUCAGAGACAAUCACUCUCACCCUCCUCUUUCUUUCUUUCUCUUUUCCAAGAAAGGGGGAGAAAACAAAAUCAAAAUCAAUAAACAAUUGCAUAAAACAAGAAAUUUUGUCAAGAGAAAGGAAGGAAGGAAAAAGAGGUUAGAGAGGGAAGUCUCUGGGAAAGAGAUUUGACCUCUCUUUCUCUCUCCUCCUCCUCCUCUUUGAAUCAAUCCAAUCUUCCUUUUGAAUUCUUCUUCAUCUUCAUAUUCAUGAUCAUGUCUCUUGCCUUGUAAAUUCCUUUCUUUAAAUUUAUUCCCCACCUCCUAAGCUUAUAUUUCUGGUCUCAAUUCUCUACCUUUGUUGUUCACACUUGCCUUCAUGUAUUUUUCUCUUUUGCUGAUCUAUAGUUUUCCUAGAAAGUCAAAUUCUUCAUUUUCCGUUUCACUUAUUCUCCUGAGAUUUGAUAAUUUAUAGCUAGAUAUUGGAUCUUCUUUCAUAAUUACAUAUACCCAUUUUCUUCUUUUUAUCAAAUCGUCAGAUUUUGACUGAAAAGAUUUCGCUUCAAAUCCAAACACCAUCUCACCAGGAGCCACAGAAAUCCAAACAAACAAGAAAUUCUCUCGUCAAAUUUAUAUCUUUUUUAAUUUCUGAUUCAUGGGUAAUUGCUGUUUGACCCCGUCAAGAGCUGUAAAUCACGAUAAUAAGAAGAACAAGAAGAAACAAAAUCCGUUUGCUGUCGAUUAUGGUCACAGCAAUGGAGUCCAGCACAAACUCACCGUCUUAAAAGACCCAACAGGGCGAGAAAUCGAGCAAAGAUAUGAGCUAGGCCGAGAGCUCGGUAGAGGUGAAUUUGGAGUCACGUAUUUGUGUACGGACAAGGAGACUGGAGACAAUUUUGCCUGCAAAUCAAUCUCUAAGAAGAAGCUGAGAACAGCAGUAGAUAUCGAAGAUGUGAGGAGAGAAGUACAGAUCAUGAGGCAUUUGCCUAAGCAUCCUAAUAUUGUGAGUUUGAAGGACACAUAUGAGGAUGAUAACGCAGUGCAUCUGGUGAUGGAGCUGUGCGAGGGUGGCGAGUUGUUUGAUAGAAUCGUGGCUAGAGGGCAUUACACCGAGAGAGCUGCUGCUGCUGUUACAAAGACCAUUGUGGAAGUUGUUCAGAUGUGCCAUAAGCAUGGAGUGAUGCAUCGGGAUCUAAAACCUGAGAACUUUUUGUUUGCAAACAAGAAGGAGACUGCAGCUUUGAAGGCAAUUGAUUUUGGAUUGUCAGUGUUUUUCAAACCCGGUGAAAAAUUCAAUGAAAUUGUUGGAAGUCCAUACUACAUGGCUCCUGAGGUGUUAAAGAGGAAUUACGGCCCAGAAGUAGAUGUCUGGAGUGCAGGUGUCAUACUUUACAUCUUACUUUGUGGUGUCCCACCUUUCUGGGCAGAAACUGAACAGGGGGUUGCACAGGCAAUCAUUAGGUCUGUUCUAGAUUUUAAAAGGGAUCCUUGGCCAAAGGUUUCUGAUAAUGCCAAAGACCUCGUGAAGAAGAUGCUUAAUCCUGACCCAAAGCGUCGGCUUACAGCACAACAAGUGCUAGAUCAUCCUUGGUUGCAGAAUGCAAAGAAGGCGCCUAAUGUUUCAUUGGGUGAAACAGUGAAAGCAAGGCUCAAGCAAUUCUCUGUAAUGAACAAACUCAAGAAAAGAGCUCUUAGGGUAAUAGCUGAGCAUUUGCCAGUAGAGGAAGUUGCUGGCAUAAAGGAGGGCUUCCAAGUGAUUGAUACAAGCAAUAAAGGCAAAGUUAACAUUGAUGAGCUAAGAAUUGGGUUGCAGAAACUAGGUCAUCAGAUCACUGAAACUGAUCUUCAAAUGCUAAUGGAAGCUGGUGAUGUAGAUCGUGAUGGGCAUCUGGACUAUGGGGAGUUUGUGACCAUUUCUGUUCAUCUAAGAAAGAUGGGCAACGAUGAACACCUUCGCAAAGCCUUUGAAUUCUUUGAUAAAAACCAAAGUGGGUAUAUAGAAAUCGAAGAGCUAAGAGAUGCCUUGGCUGAUGAAGUAGAUCAAAACAGCGAAGAGAUCAUUAAUGCUAUCAUUCAUGAUGUGGACACAGAUAAGGAUGGAAGAAUAAGUUACGAUGAGUUUGCCACAAUGAUGAAAGCUGGUACAGAUUGGAGAAAAGCAUCAAGGCAGUAUUCACGCGAGCGGUUCAAUAGUCUGAGCCUCAAGUUAAUGAAGGAUGGCUCAUUACAGCUGAACAAUGAGGCCAGAUAACUCAACAUGAGAGGAUCAUGACUCAUUGAAAAGGCUAAAAUGGAAUGCUUGCAUGUACCUUCUUUCCUCUCCAACGAAGGAUUUCAAGGGUUGUAGCUACCAUUGGCUGGUCGUUGAAAAUGGAUCAUUUGCCCUUCUCUCCUCCUGAAUGCACCAUAUCUGCCUACCGAUAUUCUAGCAUUGGCUCAAGUCCCAAUUUUAUUGGGACUAGUUGCAGUCAUCUCUUCACCCUUAGGGAAAAGCGAUGGGGUGAUGGUGAGGGAAGCUUGCUUCAAUCAUUGAUCUCAAAUCAGCCCGGCGACAGUAUAGGGACGAUGGGAAGAUGAGCAUCUAAGAAGAUGGGAAUCCAGGUCGAAAACCAGUGGACUUAUGGUGUUUGGUUUAGACAAGGAUUGUGAUUGUAAGAGUAUCUUAUUUCAAUUGACGUAAGCAUUGUAAUUUAUUAACAUAAAAUUAUUUAAUUUUUUUUAUUAACA